AUGGGUAGUAAUAAUCAUUCCUGUCUUUUCCAUUUAGCUUCAGGACCAUGCUGCCGGGCGCUUUAUAAAUUCGAUGCAGAGAAUGACUCGGAGUUGCCGUUUGACGAAUGUGACAUAAUUCAACUCAUCAGACAAGUGGACGAGAACUGGUUCGAAGGUCGCAUCAACAAUCGUGUGGGAUUCUUCCCUGUGAAUUAUGUUGAGGUCAUUGAACCCCUUCCGCAGUCAGCGAUGACUUUCCCCAUGGAUUAA